AUGCCUUUUAUUUCAGUGCCUCCGCUGGCCAUUAGGAAACUUUACAACUUCUUCCAGUACAACGGCGAACGUUGUCCUGACAUCUUUACUGGCAUACCCUAUCAACUUCAUUUUACAGCUAAACAGGUGCUGUUGAUGUUCCUGGAGCAGUGGUUGAUCGCUCAGCUGCCCUUAUCGCUUGUGUCGGCCGUGAAGCGGCAUUUCAAGACGAGCAAGCCAUAA